CUGAGGAAUAAAUAAGGGCAGGAAAGUAAGCGCGGUGGCGAUGGGACAGCGGUUAUUCGUGUGCCCUUCCGCCUAAUAAUAAUAAUAACAACAGUAUUAAUAAUAAUAGUAUCCCGGUAUGAACGUGACCCCCGGUGGCUUGUAGCGGCUCUCUGCGCUCGUGUGUCCGGCAUGGAGGAGCAACAGCUCGGCGCGGCGCUGGACAAGAGCGCGGCGGAGCUCAGCGUCAUGGAUGUGUACGACAUCGCGGCGGCGCUGGGCCUGGAGCUGGAGCGGGUCAUCGAGCGCACCGGCGCGGAGCUGCUGUCCCGGCUUGUGCCGCGGGUCGUGCGGGUGCUGGAGCUGCUGGAGGUGCUGGUCAGCCGGAGCUCCAGCAGCCCGGACACCGACGAGCUGCGGCUGGAGCUGGACAGACUGCGGCUGGAGAGGCUAGAGCGCCUGGAGAAGGAGAAGAAGCACAAGAAGGAGCUAGAGCUGGUGGAGGAUGUGUGGAGAGGUGAAGCUCAGGAUCUCCUCGGUCAGAUCUCUCAGCUGCAGGAGGAGAAUAAAACUCUGCUCAAUAAUCUGUCCAUCAGAGAGAGUCCACUGACGGAGGAGGACAUCCAGAAGCAGGAAGGAAUGACGGAGCGUGAGCGUCAGGUGAUGAAGAAGCUGAAGGAGGUUGUGGACAAACAGAGAGACGAGAUCCGCGCCAAAGACCGCGAGCUCACGCUGAAGAACGACGAUGUGGAGGCGCUGCAGCAGCAGAUGAGUCGUCUGAUGAAGAUUAAUCAGGACGUGCGUCACCGUGUGUCAGUGGUGGAGGCGCAGGGCAAGAGUCUGAUCCAGCAGAAGGUGGAGCUGGAGGCGGCGGCGCAGACACAGCAGCAGGAAGUCAGCAGCCUCAGACAGGAAGUGAGCCGACUGAAGGAGAAGCUGAAGGAGCAGAGCAGGAACAACGAGGAGGAGGCGCAGGAGCCCGUGGGGCCACCCUCACCUGCACAGUCAUGUAAAGUGGCCCCACCCUGGGGUCAGGAUCUGGCCUCUGAGCUCCUGGCUGGGGGUCUGGACCUAAAGGAAGUGCCGCUCCACUUCCUGCCAUCUGCUGUCACAGACGAGUGUGAAGAUGAGGAGGAUGAAGAUGAAGAUGAGCGUGCGUGUUUCUGGGAGGCACUCUGUGAUGACGAUCUGUCCACUGUAGACCUGAAAGACCCCAACCGCCCACGCUUCACCCUGCAGGAGCUGCGGGAUGUCCUGCACGAACGCAAUGAACUCAAAGCCAAAGUCUUCAUGCUGCAGGAGGAGAUCGCCUACUACAAGAGUGAGGAGCAGGAGGAGGAGAACGGCCCGCCGUUACCAGAUCCUUCUGAAACCUUCCGGACAAACCCUCGCUCCAACUUUCAGCCGGAGUCGGGAAUCAAACGCCUGUUUAGCUUCUUCUCGCGGGACAGGAGUGUUUCUCAGCGCAGGAUGAUGCUGAAUGUGGAGCCGGUGGGCGACGCGGUGGGCUCGUGGACUGGGAAACAGGAGGACGUGUACACAGAGACAGCACAGGAGGCUCUGCAGCACAUGUAAACACACACACACACACAUGCGCACUUCACUAGCUGCACAUGUAUCACACUACACACACUCCACCGGCCUCUGUGUGUGUGAUAUUAGACCUCAUCCUGCUGUUACUGUAUGCAGACUCUUCAGUACACACACACACACACACACACACACACACACACACACACACACACGCACACACACACACACACACACACACACACACACACACACCUGCUUUUAAUUCAAAUUGAAUUAUGACGGAGAUGAUGAAGGAUGAAUUAGUGUUAUUUUUCUGUUUUUUAAUGCCAAGGCCAGAGAUAGUUUUAAAAGAAAAGCUGGUGGCAUUACAUGAAGAAUCUUCUGAAAAACACACACCGUGCGGGAAAUACACACAUUCACUCAACACUGAGGUGAAGCUGACAAUGACUUCAGUAUUGAGACUAAAUCACCUGCUUCAGUUUUGUCCUGUUUCAGA